CCAGGCUUCUGUUUCUGCACCACUCUGUCUUACGCUGUCGUUACUCUUGUUGGCCCAGGAGCGUCUCAAGUGCAUUCUCGUUGCGAGGCUACCUUCCUCUACCUCGUAUGUUUGCUCAGUGCGUAUCUUUCCCAGGGGCUUCUCUUCUUGUUUCAGUUGUUGCAGUUUUAUGGUUAAGGAUCGAUGCUACUUGACGAGGGAGACGGUAUAAGAUCUCUGGGAGGUAGCAGAGGUGAUGAAAAGGAGGUUUCCUGGGCUGGCGAUGGUGGGUAAGAUGGAGUGCGUCUAGAGGUGAUAAAAAAGCUGGUGAGGUCAGAGGUGGAGAGUGUGGAAUUGAGAAGCGAUGGCGGAAGAAGAGGACUCGUGGCAGCACGGAGUGAGAUUGGUGUUGCACUUGGAUUCGAUUCUCGAAGGUGAUCCUUACAUGUACGUCGCGCUUCUUCCCACUGCAAUUGUUGCGCGUUUCUCUCUGUCUGCCUGUCUCAGCAAAGAGAGUGAUGAGAUCGGGUUUGUGCAUCCAUCUCAGCUCGAGAGCUUGCACUCAAUUGGAAAUUUCGCUCUAGAACAUAAGAAGCCCUUUUUUAUGAAAACGAGGAGGAAAGCUGAAGGCCAAGGAGAAGCAGAUGACACUGGUCAGUAUGCAGAGGAUUGUUCUCAGAGAAAUGAAGGGCAUGAAGUAGAAGCCGAACCUCCUGGUAUCAAUCCAGAUCAAAGUUAUUUAAACAAUGUGCAAGGGAAAUUUAUUGAUUUUUCGUACGACAAAUCGGCAUUUUGGUGUGCUCAUCACAAGCUCGCCAUUGCCGUGUCUGCUCUUGCUCCUAUUUACGAAGUAGCUAGAAAAGAAUUUCUUGCAAACAGAAAAGCACAUGCACAAUGCCUGACUGGUACAAGGAACUCUGUCAUGUCUCCAUCUUCCCUCAGCUUCCAACUUUUAGAAGGUGGCUUGUGCAACCGUUCCGCAAAUAGUCGCGCAAAUGGUAAUGGAAACGUGCAGUUCCAAGGACAAAAUGGAGCUGUCCAUGCCCUAUUGCAGAAGAAUCUCAUGCUGUAUUCAAGAGUGUUAGUAAUUGUGAACUGUGACUUCGCAAGCGCUUGGAAUGCUAGAAAACGCGUAUUGUCGAGAAUGGAGGCAACCGAGGAAUUUCUUUUGGCCGAGCUUCGUUUAGCAAGGAUGGUGUUAGCCUAUGGUCCAAAGAGCGAGGAGUCGUGGGCUUACAGGCGGUGGAUUAUCGAUCGAAUGAUUUCCGCUGGACUUCCAUGGAAUACUGUAGGCUCAGUCCUAGAAGGCGACUCAAUGCUCGUGGAAGCCAUUGCUGGGAGGUCGAGGAUGAACUAUCGGGCUUGGCGCCAUCGCUAUUGGCUUGUCUCACGCAUGUCACUUCAGCAGGUAGCAUCAGAGUUACAAAACACAAAGAGAUUGGCGCAACUACAUGUAGCUGACAACUGCUGCUUCCAUUAUCGACGAUGUCUACUUUUAGGUAUACUUCAAGCUGGAUUGAUGCCAAAUGAAAAGAAUGUGAACAGUCCAACUCUGGUCGCUUCCAGAGCACAGGCUGGCUUAUCUGCUGCUUUGAUUGUGAACCCGCAGCUUUUGACUACAUUAUGGAAGGAUGAACUAUCUUGGAACAGGGAUCUGAUUAAACAAUUUUUUGGUUUUGAGGCUUUAUGGCUACAUCGGCGGUUUUUGAUCUGGGGUUUUGGUCACAACUCAAAGAUCUUCAAGUCAGCCUCCCUCCCAGUUGUAUUAAAUAAUAAUGGCAGUACAACUCCACUCUCUGAGGGGGGGGGGAUUUUUUCAAAAAGCAGCUCGCAUUGCUGAGAGAGAGCUUCAGUUCGCUGAUGCCUGUAUUUCUGCAUGCUGUCUAGACACUUCGGACGAUGCAUGUAGGCAGCGAGAAUUUGCAGCUGCCUACAAGCUCUGGGUACUUUUGCUGCACGUAGGAGGAAAAGAGGAUGGAACGAACGGACUUUCAAAUGGUAGGUUGUUGGAGCUGAACAAUCUGGAGCUCUUGCUGAAGGAUGUGAGUCCACAUCGUGAUUGCCUAUGGAAUGGUCUGAUUCCGAACCUAGUCUGAGUCCCUGUUCUUCGUAGGCCAGUUCAGCAUCAAAAGAUGUGACUCCUACUCUAGCUUUAUGAACGUCCAUCAUCUAUUACUACCAUUGUCAAUUAAGGGCAUUCAUUAAAAAAAACUCUGCUGUCAUGGUUAAUCAUGACGGAAACCAGCAAAAAUAUAUCUUUCAGUGCAUUCUAUACUGUAGUUCUAAUUAGCUGUAGUGAUUGUAGAAGUCUUAUAAUAGCGGAUCCUUGUUUUAUUCAAAGCGUAGAUAGUACUGUUAUCGCAAAUUUUUGUCUGUCAUCGGUUGUUUAUGAGCUAAAGCAAGCUUGGAAAUCGUACCGAGUUUCAUCGACAUGUUAUCCAACAGUUAUUUUUCUGAGUUUUCUUUCAA